GAGAUGCUAGCGGCUGACCAACAGAGGCUUUGCGACCCAGAAAUGGAAACGCUGCGGCAGCCUGAGCCAUCCCUGCGAAGCCCCUUAAAGAAUGUGCAGGAGGUUUUGGAUUUCAAUGAGUCUCUCACUGAAGCCACCACACAAGCUCUGGUCCGUGACCUUAUGUCCUACGGCUCAAGGACGUUAAAUUUGACCGUGAAGGGCAUGAUGGCCUACAUUAUGAGCAAUGAAGCUGCCUGUGAGUUCAGCAUGGAUGGCCGCAAAGCAAGCUCAAGUUCAGAGAACUUAAGUUCACCAAAAUUGUGUUCUCGGCUACUCGGCGGACACGCCACCACAAAGAGUGCACACUCGACGAAGUUGUUGGCCAAAUAAAGGAGUGGCUGCGCAGGGCCAUGGAAAGGUGUGCACCCAAGGAAAAGAG